GGUGGGGAAAUAGCGGCGCUACGUGGACGGUCGCGCCGGACGAUGUUGGAGGUCUUUUCCAGCCGUGCUGACUGUGUGACUCAUGAACUGCUCUCUGUCUGGCCAGGCUCCGGAUGCAGUGAGCUGAGACAGAACAGGCGCCGCGUGCUCUGCGUGGCUUUGUGUGCAGUGCCGUGCAUCCUUGUUUUGGCGCUGGUGGCCGUGAUAGUGCUCCAGCGUCCGUCGUGCCCGCCUCGCCCACCCUUCUCCCACGUGUGCCCCAACGCCUGGGUCGGUUUCCAAGGGAAAUGCUAUUAUUUCUCGGACGUGGAGAGCGAUUGGAACAGCAGCAGGGAGCAGUGCCACCGCCUCGGAGCUUCCCUGGCUACCAUAGAGACGGAGUCGGAGAUGGGAUUCAUGCUGCGGUACCGGGGCCCAGCAAACUGUUGGAUUGGGCUGCACAGGGCAGAAGGGGACGAGCACUGGACAUGGGCCGAUGGCAGCACCUUCAGCAACUGGUUUGAGCUGCGAGGCGGAGGCCAAUGUGCGUACCUGAAUGGGGACAGGAUCAGCUCAGCCCUCUGCCACAAUGAGAAGUUCUGGGUGUGCAGCAGAGCUGACAGCUACGUCCACUGGAGGAAAGGGACAAAUCCGCAGUGACGGAUCCCAUCCCAGGCAGCUCGUGCCAACGCUGCUGGGCACUGCCAUGCCAUCCGUGUGUGCUGGAAUCUGCCUCUUUCCAGCACUGCUACGCUUGUGUUUACAUGGACUCCAGCACUCCUGCAGUUGCUCCUGUAUGGACUCAGCCAGCUGUGCUGCUCGCUGUCUCUCAGGAAACACAGCUGUUGCACUGUGCCUUAAAGGGGGGUCCUUUGAGGGUCAUUACAGAUCACAGCCCCACGGGACGGUUGGGUGGGCAGCUGACGAUUCUGCACGGUUCUCUCCACUUACACUAUUACCGUCAUCGUUAUUGUUAUUACGAUUAUUGUUAUUGCAAGUCUGCAUUUAUUACCCUUCCUA